GCUGAGAAAUUGUUCAAAACUUGAUGAAUUGCCUUCAAAGAUGGGAAACUUGAUUAAUUUGCGCUAUCUUGAUAUUGAUGGAUGUGAUUCAUUGAGAGAAAUGUCAAGUCAUGGAAUUGGUCGAUUAAAAAAUUUACAAAGGUUGACUCGAUUUAUUGUGGGCCAAAACAAUGGAUUAAGAAUUGGAGAAUUGGGGGAGCUUUCAAAGAUUCAAGGAAAACUUCAUAUUUCAAACAUGGAGAAUGUGGUGAGUGUUAACGAUGCAUCAAGGGCUAAUAUGAAGGAUAAAAGUUAUCUUGAUGAGUUGAUCUUUGAUUGGGAUUAUAAAAGUUAUCUUGAUGAGUUGAUCUUUGAUUGGGAUUACCUACGUACCUAUGGUGUUACACAAAGUGGUGCAACAACGCAUGAUAUACUCAACAAGUUACAACCUCAUCCAAAUUUAAAACAACUCUCCAUCAGAAACUAUCCUGGUGAAGGAUUUCCAAAUUGGCUUGGAGAUCCUUCAGUGUUGAAUCUCGUGUCCCUUGAGCUUCGGGGUUGUGGCAAUUGCUCAACAUUGCCACCACUUGGACAGCUAACCCAGCUUAAAUAUCUGCAAAUCUCAUUGAUGAAGGGAGUAGAGUGUGUGGGUGAUGAGUUCUAUGGGAAUGCCUCCUUUCAAUUCCUAGAAACACUAUCAUUUGAGUAUAUGUGGAACUGGGAGAAAUGGUCAUGUUGUGGAGAAUUCCCUCGUCUCCAGAAGCUUUUUAUAAUAGAGUGUCCCAAACUCACUGGGAAAUUACCAGAACAGCUUCUUUCAUUGGUGGAACUUCAAAUUGAUGGAUGUCCGCAGCUGCUUAUGGCUUCACUCACAGUUCCUGCAAUUCGUCAAUUGAGGAUGGGGGAUUUUGGUAAACUGCAGUUGCAAAUGGCAGGUUGUGACUUCACAACUCUUCAAACUUCAGAAAUUGAAAUUUUAGAUGUGUCUCAGUGGAGUCAACUUCCAAUGGCACCACACCAGCUCUCAAUUAGAAAAUGUGAUUAUGUGGAGUCUCUGCUAGAGGAGGAAAUCUCGCAAACCAACAUACAUGAUCUGAAAAUCUAUGAUUGUAGUUUUUCUAGAUCCCUGCACAAAGUUGGUUUACCCACUACACUGAAAUCACUAUUCAUCUCUGAGUGCUCGAAAUUAGAGAUUCUCGUACCUGAGUUGUUCAGAUGCCAUCUCCUAGUCCUUGAACGUCUAGAAAUCAAAGGUGGUGUUAUCGAUGAUUCUCUCACGUUAUCCUUCUCAUUCAGCAUCUUCCCCAAGUUGACUCAUUUCACAAUCAAUGGUCUUAAGGGGCUUGAGAAGCUCUCCAUUUUGGUUUCAGAGGGUGAUCCCAUAUCUUUAUGUUUCCUGUCUCUAGAUGGUUGCUCUGAUCUUGAAUCUAUCGAAUUGCACGCUCUCAACUUGGAGUCUUGUUCGAUUCAUGGGUGCUCCAAGCUCAGGUCGUUGGCACACACACAGUCAUCUGUACAGGAGUUGAAUUUAUGGGAUUGUCCAGAAUUGUUGUUUCAGAGAGAGGGUUUGCCUUCCAACCUACGUAAACUUGAAAUUGAGAAGUGCAACCAACUCACGCCCCAGGUGGAGUGGGGUUUGCAAAGGCUGACCUCUCUUACUCAUUUCACAAUCAAACGUGGAUGUGAAGACAUUGAAUUAUUUCCCAAGGAGUGUUUGCUGCCCUCUUCUCUGACUUCUCUUGAAAUUGUAGGGCUUCCCAAUCUCAAGUCUCUUGACAGCGGGGGUCUUCAACAGCUCACCUCUCUAAAACGAUUAGAUAUUUUUGGAUGCUCGAGGCUCCAAUCAUUGACAGAAGCGGUUCUUCAACACCUCACCUCUCUUAAAAUGUUGUGGAUCGCAUGCUGCCCAGUGCUCCAAUCAUUGACAGAAGCGGGUCUUGAACACCUCACCUCUCUUGAAACGUUGUGGAUCCUAAAGUGCCCAGUGCUCCAAUCAUUGACAGAAGCGGGUCUUCAACACCUCACCUCUCUUGAAAUUUUGGAUAUCCAUGACUGCCCAAUGCUGCAAUCCUUGACAAAAGUGGGUCUUCAACACCUCACCUCUCUUAAAAAAUUGUAUAUCAAAAACUGUCGUAAGCUCAAAUACUUGACAAAAGAAAGACUUCCAGACUCCCUCUCUCUUCUGAGGAUCUCCGAGUGUCCUUUACUGGAAAAACGGUGUCAAUUUGAGAAAGGGGAAGAAUGGCGUUAUAUAGCUCACGUUCCAAAAAUAGUGAUCAACCUUGUGCUAUAUUAAUCAAAGUGCCACUCCGCCAAUAUAGAGUCAGCACAGAGAAAAGAUUGAAGCAACAGACUGGGAACUCCAGCAAAGAAAAUCCGUUUCCCCUGGCCCAGACUCUAAUCUUUGGCAGGCUUUCUAUGAGGCAGGUGCCCAGACAACAAUAGCAAGUCUGUUAGGACCCGAAAUGGCCAUCACAACAAACCAGCCACAGAAGGAACUUCUGGCCCUGAAACUUGGGGUUUUGGAACAGAGAGUUUUACAGCCACCCCUGCUGCCGGCUCUAAUAUUUCCAGACCCUCCGUUGGAGGCAAUAAUGCCCAGCUGUUGAUUCAAAGAAUAUUGAGGGCAAGCUGGCUACUCAACCUGCUGGAUGGGCUGGUUCCUAACUUAUUUGGUGAGGUUAUAUCAUCCUUGGCACUUCUGGUCACAAGAGAUGAGAAUAGGUAAAAAAGCAAAACAAAAAGGGAUAUAUGGCUUUCUGGGCUUGGUUAUGCUUCUGAGUAUUGAGUGUUUGCCUUGUGCAAUAGAGUACAACAUCUGCAUAUGUUCCCUGGUUUCCAUGGACUACUUACAAAUGUGUACUGUUCUGAAUGCCUCAAUUUUCAGCCUGCACUGAUUGGGAGGCCAUGUAAAAAAAAGCUGGUCUAUUGUGUACUAAGUGGACCUCUUUAAAAGGUCUUGAGCCCAAACAACAUCAUGGUCACCACAACAUUUUAUUUGGUAUUGAAGUGGUGUCAGAUCUAAAUGCAUUAGCUGGACAAUCGAAUGGUGGUUUCUUAUCUAAUGGAUGUUGUUUUACUAGACCAUGGAAUGAAAGAAAACUCAACCCUCUCAUCCAUAUCGAGAACCAUCUAAAGCCUGGGCCAUGGAAUAAGCUCAAGCCUUUCUGUACAGAGCAGCUGGACUCUCUCAAAUUUUUUAUUUGUAAAUAUCCAAAGCUAUGAUUUCAAAGUCAUUAAAGAUGCCAAUCCCUGUCCUCAGAGCUUAAAGAGUGUGUUAGACUGUUACCAUUGAUCACCUCAAUCCAAAAGGCAUUCCAUUCAGGGAAGAGGAAAUAGAAGAAAGUGGAAGCUCUUGAUGUAUUUUGAUUUUGAGCAAGGCUUUCUUGAUGCAUACUCUGACAUAUUGCUCAAAUUAAUCCUGAUGAUUUUCUUGAUUGGGAAGGUGACUUUUCCUGCAAGGAAGAGGAUAGAUUGUUCUGAUUUUGGCAGAGUUUUCCCAGUGAAGGAAUUGGAGGAAGGGGAGAUUCCUGGGUGCUGAACUAUUGAUGUUCAUUGCUCUAUUCGAGAAGAACAAGAAACUAUUGAACCCUGGCAUUGAGCUGAUGCUUCAUAACGUGUUAUUAUAAGAGAUCUAGGCUGCCAGAGUUGUCUGAAUAUACCCCAUAGUCUCUCUGAUGCCUGUACACAAGUCCUGGGGCGCCUCCAAAAAGGAAGCUUGAUCAAGAACCAUUGUGCAUAAACUCAUACACCAGAAGUCGGUGUUCACCCACACACUGCAGUAACGCAGCAAGUGUCCUUGAUUCUUAUGCAACAGAAUUUCCAGAACCUGAUGGUAAUAUCCUUUUAUAGACAGUGCCAAAGGCUUCUACCAUCGCUUGUACUCAGGCUUCUGUGAUAAAGCUGGAGAUUUUUGAGGUUCAAGCGGUAGAAAACUAGUGAAAUUGCAGCCAAAGAAACGAAGAAGAAGAACGCAGAGGGGCCUAAGAGGACUGAGAGUAUUAGAAUUGCUUUAAUUUGCUUGCCUCUGCCUGAAGUUAGUUCACUGGACUUCAAUAUCUUGAUUAGAGCACUUCUGGAAACAGCAGUUUGAUCCAACCUCCCAUUUGAAAGAGGUAGUCUUUUCCUCCAACAGCUUCCCGUUCCAUUUGGAAACCUCAGGUCCUCAAAAAUAGCAACUGCACAGUAGGCUCCAACACCAAUCCCUGGGUUGGCAACAUGGUAUUAGUUGGGUGCUUGAAGCUCUCCCAUAUACUGGUAUACAAUUUCCAUCUCCAAGCAUGGCACCAUGCACUGGUUCGCUGCUCACAUUACCAGCCUUUGUCUUCCAUAUAUCUUAGCCUCUAGAGAAAAAGCUGUCCAUUGGUGGUAAGCCCAAACUUUUGAUCCUCUUGGCACCGGUUAACUUCCAUUUGCAGUCCAGAUAGCAAGAAGGAAUAGGUCCUCUUCACUUGGAGAGGGUCGGAAUCCAAAUGCAAAAUCACCAGAAAGGCAAAGCCUAUGUGGAGUUUUCAUCAGCGGCAUAGAGAGAUGAACCCAAGCUUAUAUUACCAUAAGCUUGGCUGAUGAGUAACAAGUAGGGGUAGACAGACAAUGUAUGUAAGUUAUUAUUCACUGAUUUUCUCUGCAUGUUGAUUAAGUUGAAAGAGACUAGCGAAUAUCAUUUUCUUCUAUAAUUGAACAUUCUCUUGUAAUUGAGUAGUGUGAAAGCAAUUUUUUUUU